GGAGUUGCUGGUUGGGUUGACUCUCGCCCUUCAUACAUGACCAGUUUUACAGGUUUAUUAAACAGGUUUACUGUGACCUGAUUACGUUGCAAACUCGGGUGUGGCUUUUAGAUUUGAUCAGUAAAAAAGGUGUACACAGACCCAGACGUUAUCUGGACGCUCGACCGCUUCUAUCUGAACUGUCUUUUCUGUUUGUCGAAUAUGUUUCGCUGUGGAAUUGCGUAUCCAAGAUGCAGGUGGAUCGUACCACUUCUUUUGCUUUUUGCGAUUAUAUUUGAUAUUAUUGCCAUUGCUGCUACCUCGGGAUGGGUUGAGGACAAGGGCGCAAAAUCCCACUACGCAAGUAUGUGGAGCCAAUGUCGAGGGCGGAAUGACAACUGGGACUGCACAUCUCUCAUGGAAUUGUCUUGGGCCCAGGCUGUGGCAGCUCUUAUGAUCAUCGGCCUCAUCAUCCUCAUCAUCGCUUUCAUCAUCUCCUGUAUCGCCCUCUGCUGCACCCUCAACAUCAGCCUGCUGCCUGUCAUUGGGGCCCUGCUCUUCAUCACUGUGGUCAUUCAGUUCAUCGCCCUCAUCAUCUACCCAGUCAAGUUCAAUGACCUGAUCUUCGAGGGCCACUACGACUACACCUGGGCCUAUGGCUUCGGUUGGGGGGCCACCAUCCUCACCAUCGGCUGUGGGAUUCUCUUCUGCUGCCUGCCUCGCUACGAGGACGAGCUCACAGGCCUCGCCAAGACCAAAUACAUCUAUACCUCAGCUUAGAGGAACCACGGACACCCGCAGGCUACAUCUCAAUAGUCUGAAGUGGCUUCCCUUCUCCGCAUCUCCUUCCCUUCAUCUACACUGAUGAAAACACAGGAUAGGUGAAAGCAAAAUAGUGGACACCUGCCAGGUUCUUUCACAUCAGUGCAGAUGAAGGACAGGAGACAAGGAGACAAGGAGACAAGGAGAGGAAGCCCACUUUAGACUAUUGAGAUGCAGCCCCAGGACAGAAGCACCUCUGCCACCACAGAGGACAGAGGACACUGACACUUAGACAUAUCAUUGGACGUUAAUUUAGUCAUUUCCAACAACGCUGAAUGCCCUCUCCGUUGGAAGGAUCCCAUAGAUGUGUAUCUCUG